GACUUAGACACUCAGACACAGGGACCCGGCUCUCGCCUAGACCAGCCCCCUUCUCCUCUCUCAUCAAGCACCACCUGUCCAGUUCUCCCAGGUUUAACCCCUCACUCCUUCUGCGUGGGCUGCCUUUGGAAGUCAGAGUCGGCUCGCUAUACUUUAACAGCAUCCCUCCACAGGAACUUGCCUCUUAGCACAAACCCACGUUCCAGUCCUAAGAAAACCACAGCUCAGCUCCAGCCCUCGGGCCCACUAUGGAGAAGGACUUUCAAGACAUCCAGCAGCUGGACUCCGAGGAAAAUGACCAUCAGCCCAGUGGCGACGAGGAGCAAGGCACCCACGGGCAGAAUCCUAGGACAGAAAAUCCAUUUUGGAAAGGGCAGCCUCCUUCCCCUCCCUUUGCACAGCGCCUCGGCUCCAGGCUCCACCUCCAUCUGCUUGCCCUGGCCUUCAACGUCCUGCUGCUGGUGGUCAUCUGUGUGAUUUCAUCGCAAAGCAUUCAGCUGCAAUGGGAGCUGCGGACCCUGAAAGAAAGUUUCAACAACUUCUCCUCCAGCACCCUGAUGGAGUUCGGUGCUCUGGAUUCCCACGGUAGCAGAGAUGACAUACUGACAUCCUGGGAAGCCAAACUGGAGAAGAAGCAGCAGGACCUGAAAGCAGAUCACGCCACUUUGCUCCUGCACCUGAAGCACUUCCCUCUGGAUCUGAAAAUCCUGACCUGCCAGCUGGCGUUCCUCCAGAGCAAUGGCACAGAAUGCUGUCCCGUGAACUGGGUGGACCACGGGGGCAGCUGCUACUGGUUUUCUCGGGGUGGGCUGACCUGGGAUGAGGCAGACAAGUACUGCCAGCUGGAGAAUGCCCACCUGGUGGUCAUCAAUUCCUGGGAAGAGCAGAAGUUCGUUGCAAAGCACAUUGGCUCGUUUCACACUUGGAUAGGUCUCACUGACAAGGACGGCUCGUGGAGAUGGUCAGAUGGAACCGAUUACAGGAGCAACUACAAGAACUGGGCCUUCUCUGAGCCCAACAACUGGGAGGGCCACGAGCAGGGCAGCACUGAAGACUGCGCCGAGAUCUUGACAGACGGUCACUGGAAUGACAACCUCUGCCUUCAGCUGAACCGCUGGGUGUGUGAAAAGAGGCGCAAUAUCACCGGCUAGGAGCCUGCUCUUGCCAAGUCUCCCUUGUCUCCUCUGCACCCCCCACUGCAUCACCCCAACUUCGCCGGUGGUGAUACUGAAGCAAGGGAGAGAAACAGAGUCCAGCAUGAGGAGGAGUUAUGGGGAAAUGGGAAGAGGGUGUCUUCAUUGUCCCCACUCUGGGAAGGGAGAGAGUCCAUCGCUCUCGGCCAUCACUGCGGUUCUCAAUGUCAGCCUUCGGAACGGAGUAGGAGCAACAACAAGAUGAUACUUGAGA